UGCACAGGCCAGCUCAAAGCGAGAGUGAGAGGGGAGUUAAACAUUUAUCCAGAUGUGGAGGGCUUGGACUUCAGGAAGCAGGGUCCGAAAGUCUUCAGCUAACACAUUACUUGAGAGAGAGAGAGAGAGAGAGAGCAUGCAUGUCCUGCUUGGUUACAACCAAGGAGAAACAAGAAAACAACGUGGCCUCUCACUGUGUACAUGCUAGCAGCCAAUUUUUUUUUUUUUUUUUCACAAAUCUCAAGGGACACAGGGACUUGUAUGGCAGAUGCUACACAUAAACAGUUUAUUUAGCAUUUGUGGAAGGAAUCUCCAGUGUUAACUCUUUGUAACAGUCAGAGGUUGGAGGAUAGCAUGAAAGAGACAUGGCUCCUCUGGGUGUCUCUGCUCCCUGGCUGAAGGCAGCAUUGUUUCUGCUGCUCCUCAUUUUUCCUGCUUGUGUGUGUGUGUGCCUGAGGUCCUGCAGUUGCCCCAACCCCAAAGAGGUGCACUGUACUUUUCGCCAUCUGUCAUCGUCCCCACGCAACCUGCCUAAGGACACAGAGAGAGUCAAUCUAGGCUAUAAUAGCAUUGUGGCUGUGGGGACUUCAGAUUUUGGACAUCUGCACAAGCUAGAGAUGCUUAUGUUGCAUGGGAAUGAGAUCAGCACUGUGGCUUCGGGAUCUUUUUACCAGUUACGUUCCCUCCAGAUAUUGAAGCUGAGCUACAACAAGCUAACAAGAGUAGAUCCCAGUAUAUUUGAGGGCCUGACAAGCCUGGUCCGCCUUCACCUAGACCACAACUUAAUACAUUUUAUUGAGCCUUUCUCUUUUAAUGGAUUAACAUCACUGAAACUUCUUCAGCUGGAGAGCAACAGGUUGCAGGACCUUCAUCCACACACAUUCACCACCCUUUCUCUCUUGGGGACAUUCUGGGGCUCUGGCCUACGUCACCUUUACCUAGCAGACAAUCAGAUACAGUUCUUGCUGCCUGGUACUUUUCGGCACCUGAGCAGACUAGAAGUCCUCUCUCUGCAUAACAAUCCCUGGAUUUGUGACUGUCAGCUUCAUUGGCUUUUAGAGUGGGACAAGAAACAUGAGGGAGUGAUUAAGUGCAAGAAGGACCGGGACUCUGCAUCCAGUGAGAAUUGUGCUGUUUGUGCCUCACCACAAAGUCUCAACAACAGCCAGAUUUUUCAGCUCUCAGCACAGCAGCUGUCCUGUGAUAGGCCUUCUCUACAGUCCCCACUGAAGCUGGGUGAGUAUAAUGCUUGGGAGGACCAGGAACCAGACCUCCCAUACACAAAGGACUUGGAGCAUCCAUUGGGCCACUUGGCCUUCAUGUUGUCUGAUAGCCAUGGGAACAGGGCCCAUGUGUCUUGUGAUGUAAAUCGUCCAGUUGAAGGAACCUCCAUGCUUUGGGAGAAGCUGAAAAAGUCAGAUGAGGUGGCAGUGAAUGUGACGUUACUAACCCUACUUGAGUGUGAGAUUGACAGGGAUGCUCUCCAGAACCUAUGGAGACUUGUUGCAUACUACUAUGAAAGCCCAGCCAUCUUGGAGCGAGGAGCAAGCCAUGAGAACACUUCAAAGGUGACCUUUCAGUACUCCCAGGUCACAAGUGAGGACUCCCCUUACUUUACUGAACUUAAAGGACAUUUAAUGGCUGAACCAGCCUGGUUGUUGCAACCCAAAGUUACUAUUCAGUUGAACAGACGCCAAACAACAACAAAAAAACUGGUAAUGAACUUCUCUACAUUUAUAUCAAAGCAGAUCAAUGGAAGAGGAGAAGAAGAUGAUACAGUCUCUUCUUGGGCUUUGAUUCCAAGAGGAACCUUGGAGAGGAUUCAAAUUGUGUUGGAGCACUCUGAGGCCAUUCUGAACUGUAAUAUACUGAGUUCACAUCAUCUGUCUGUUGAGUGGAUGCUUCCAGACCUAACUACUUUAGAUAAAACACAUUCACACAGAAUUACAUCAGACCAUAACAUAUUAGUCAUCAAAAAUACAAGCCUGUCAGACAGUGGGCUCUAUCACUGCUUUGUGCGUACUGAGACAGAAGUAGACAUAGUUUCAUUUAGGCUUAUGGUUAGAGAACGUCUCCUCAGUCCUAGUGAUCUAAAUGGAAAGAAAAUGUAUGUGGAGAAUGGGAAAUCCCUCAGUCUUCCCUGUUCAGUUAUGUCACCACAGCCAAUUGAAACAAGAUGGUUCCUACCAAAUCAUCAGUUUCUGAAGGCAUCCAAUGCAAUGGGACAAAUAUAUGUGUCACAAAAUAACACUCUUAUCAUAAAACAAGUGAAGAAUGAAGAUGCAGGGGAGUACAGUUGUUUAGCAGCUAACCUUCAUGGGGCAGACAUGUUGUCUCAUUUGGUGGUUGUAACGGGUGAAAAAGAGGAAGACCUCACAGAUGUUAGUGUGAUCAAGGGUGAAUCAUCACUGUAUGUCAAGGAGGAUGCCGAGGGGUCAGGAUAUCAAGAAAUCAAGCAGUUGGCUGUUACACAAACACCGCACAGGGUGCUUGGAAAAGAUAGGAGUACAGGUGGAUUUUAUCGACAGGGCUUUAAAGGUAAAAAGAUCAGUGAGAAACAAAGGAAACCAAAUAAAUCUGUCAAACAGCUUGACCCAGGUCGCUGGGCACAAAUGUUAGCAAAAGCCAAUGCUAAAGUCUCGACGAUGCAACCAGUAACAAUUAUGACAACAGUUGCAGCCACAACAGCAAUGAAAACAACAACAACAACCACUACAACUACAACCACUACAACUACAAGAACUCCUGCUCCUGUCACUCUCUCUUUUACUACCAGUGCUACUACUAGUACUCAUAUAAAUUAUUUUAUUACUAAUCAGGUGGUACAGUCUCGUAACAGAAAGCCGCAGACCGCAGUUCACCGCAGUUCACCACACAGAACACCACAUCUGCAUCAAAAGUCUAAUGAUUCAAACAUUACAAAAAUGGCUUCAAUAAAUCUUUACUCAACCACAUUAUCUCCUAUUAGCUCAAACUUAGGACCUGUGGCACAAACUGAGAAACAGAUUGAAAGGCACAUAAUGGAGCAGAGAAUAAGGGCAAAUAAUCGUAUCCCCAACCCAAGACGAAGACCACCAUACAGAAGAAGACCUCAAUCAGGAAGGAUGCAUCCACUGAGACCUACACGUCCACCACCAACAACAACAGAAGUAGCAUUCACAACUUUAUUAACUACAACAUCUACUGAAUCUUUCAUCACCACAGACACUCAUUUUGAAACUAAGAAUAAGAGACCAGAAAUAAAGCCACUCACAGGUGCAGAUAUUUUGAGUGAACAUGACCCUUUUACAACUUCUGUGGCUCCUGUCAUGCUAGAACCAACACAAGAUAAGUGGCAUGGACACAAAAACAAUGAGGAUAUUAAUUGGAGUAGCAGCACAACAAAUAAAGAAAACAAUAGACAAACGAUAACAGGUACAAGUUCUCCUACUAUUCAAAUCACUAACAUUAAACCUCCAGUACCUCACAAAGAACUACUAACCACAGAGAAACCAGCCCUGACUAAUAAAAUUAGACACAGAGUGGACAACUCAAUGAACAGACCUAAAAGUCCUGGUUUGCCUGUCCACCCCUGGUUAGCUCAGAGAAAAAAACAAAUCUUGGUUACACCAAGGCCUUAUACCACUUCUCCCUUAUGGACUUAUACCAACCACAUCCCAGUCUGGCCCAGAGUUCAUGGAUCAAAGAAUCACUCUUCACUUGACAGAACCUUGCAAUUUUUGCACACAAGCGGAAGGAAUGCAGGGUUCACUAAUCGGCCGGAAAUCACAGCACAAACAGCAAACCCCACACCUUACAUCACUUGGUCAGCAGCAACCCCCUUUCCCAAAACUGUAGCACCACAUGGUAGCUCAUCCCAAGUAAGGGACUACUUGCUCUUCAAUAGGCUUCGAAACAGAUACCGACAAUCCCAGUUUGAUGCCCACCCCUUAGCCCAAUCAGGAAAGCUAGUUACUCCCAAACCAAGAAUAUACCAUCCCACCCCAAAACUAUAUCCAGCUCAAAAUUUUCCAAGUAUCUACAAGCCUGUAACACUCCCUUCUAUGAUAGCAGCUACUAGUAAGCCACACUCCACAGCAAGCAUACUAUAUGGCAGUCGCUGGCACUAUAGUAACUUUGGACCAAAGAAACUGAGCACUGCUCUGCCCUUUCCAAACCUGAUGGGGAGUGGUGUGAAACCCAGAAUAAUGACAGUUGACUCAGCCACUGUGUCUGCACUGGCAGAGACAAAUGUUCUUCUGCACUGUCAGGCAUCGGGAGACCCCAAGCCUGUUAUUUCCUGGACAAAAGUCUCUACAGGUGCUACAAUUCAAGCCAGCACCAAACAUGGACAACGAUUUGAGGUUCUUCCAAAUGGUUCUUUUGUUAUAAAGAAAGUACAGCUGCAGGACAGAGGUCAGUACCUUUGCACUGCACAGAACAACUUUGGCUCAGAUCGCAUGGUGGUCAAUCUUAUUGUCCAGACAGAACCUCCCAAAAUAGAGGGCCCCAAAUACAGAGAUGUCUCUGUGUACUUGGGGAAAUCAAUCAGCUUGGACUGCAUUGCAUCAGGCAAGCCCCAAUCUCAGGUCUCCUGGAUUCUUCCAGACAGAACCAUUGUUCAGGAGUUGAUAACUCUUGAUAGACCUAUCUCACUUUUUCCUAAUGGAACACUCAGCAUUCACUCAGCAAACUUUUCUAUUAAAGGCAACUACAAGUGUAUUGCUAGUAAUGCAGCAGGUGCUGAUACUCUGACCUAUCAGCUACAUGUUGCUGCACUGCCACCAACAAUCAAAGAAGAAUCCUCUGAAAGUAUACAUAUUAACACUGGAAGAAGUAUCUAUGUACACUGCACAGCUAAUGGAGAACCUGAGCCACUUCUUAAGUGGGUCCUUCCGGAUGGUUCACAACUGAAACCUACACAGUUCACUGGGAGGCGUCUCUUUAUUUUCCCCAAUGGCACACUCUACAUCAAAAGUAUCAUUCCUGUGGAUGCAGGUAGAUAUGAGUGUUCAGCCACAAAUGUGGUUGGGUUUGCUCAGAGAGUGGUGAAGCUGGAUAUCAGGCAGGAGUCCCCAGGUCCUUGGAAAGGUCCAUCUCAGCAGCAUAGUGUUUCAGCCAUGUAUGGCUCUACAGUUUUCCUACACUGUCCUGAGUCAGCUGACUACCACAGAGGUACUGUAUGGAGGCUGCCAUCUAGAACACUGUUGGAACAUCACUACAGUCCACACAGACACAUCAAUGCUUUCCCUAAUGGCACACUCAGGAUCCUGCAACUGACUGAAAAAGAUCAAGGAAGUUACUUGUGCAUGUAUCAAAGGCCCAAUGGAGAGGAUAUGGAACUAUUUCAACUUGAGGUCCUGAUGAAGCCACCUAAAAUAGAGAACAUGGGCAGUCAACAAAAGAGAGUUACAAAUGGAGAGAACUUCCUUGUGGAUUGUGUAGCUUCAGGUCUUCCAGACCCUGAAGUGUCUUGGAGUCUCCCUGAUGGCACAAUGAUAAAUAAUGCUCUCCAAUCAGAUGACAGUGGAACUCGCAGUCGUCGCUAUAUCAUAUUUGAGAAUGGAACACUCUUGUUGCCACAUAUGGGAAAAAGUGAUGAGGGUGACUACACAUGCUAUGCAAAGAACACACUCGGAGAGGAUGCAAUGAAAGUGAGUGUCCAAGUUGUCCAAAAUUCACCCAGAAUUUCCUCUAAAGGCCAAGUGUCUCUCCAUUUUCCACUUGGCCAAUCAGCUCAGCUAAAGUGUGAUGCUACUGGUGAACCUCCACCUACAAUUAUCUGGAUUUCACCAAACAAUGAAAUGAUAACUUUAUCUUCAGUCAAAUAUCAAAUACUCAAUGAUGGAACACUUAUCAUAAAUAAGGUCAGUUUGGCAGACCAGGGAAAGUACACUUGUGUCGCAAGGAACUCAGCUGGUGAUGACAUUAAGAACGUGAAGCUCCAAGUAGAGAUCAGUGAGCCAUAUAUCAAUGGAAAAAGUGGACGAACUGACAGUAGAGUUUUGUCAGUGUCCUAUCAGACCGUGCUGAUGCACUGCAAAGCAGAGGGCAUGCCCGAGCCCCAAAUAACAUGGACGACAUCUUUUGGCAUGUCCCUGCCUACACCUUAUGUUGGAGGCAGAAUCCAAGUCCAUAAGAAUGGUACUCUUGAAUUGAGAGGCAUCCGGAAAACUGACGAAGGUAAAUUUCUGUGUGUGGCCAGAAAUUACCUGGGAGAGGCCAGCCUAGCAAUUGACCUUGAAGUUGCAUCACUUGCUGAAAAACCAAGCUUCCUUAUUCCAAAUAUUGAGGUGUUAUCCCUCAAACCUGAUGGAAAUGACAUCAUUUUACAGUGCCGGGCUAUGGGAAAACCCAAGCCAGAGUUUGUCUGGAUUCUGCCCAACAGCACAGUGCUGGUUCCAGGAAUGAAACUAAAGAGAUUUAUUCACUCUUUGGAAAAUGGCAGUUUGCAUAUUAUUCAGCCAGUUCCCAGUGAUAAAGGUGUUUAUCGUUGCUUGGCCAAAAAUGUUGCAGGACAAGCAGAAAAACGCUAUGCCUUGGAACCUGGAAGGAAGCCUCAAAUUCGAGGUACACCUACACCUAUGAAGAUUUCAUUUGGACAGACACUAAACAUGCCAUGCACAGUGGAAGGAUGGACCCAAGCAACCAUCACAUGGACUCUUCCAAAUGGUUUGGUAUUGGACAGGCCUCAGGUUAAUGGACGAGUCACCUUUUUAUCAAAUGGAACCCUUCAGCUUAGAGAAACUGCAAAAUCUGAUAGGGGUACUUACAUUUGCAAAGCUACUAACACAUUUGGAUCAUCAACACUCUCUUAUCCUGUGACUAUUAUGGUACUUCCACCACAGAUCACUAAUGCACCCCCAUCUAUAAUGAGAGUUGCUAAGGGGUCUCUAGUGACACUAAAAUGCAUUGCUACUGGCACUCCUAAACCAGACAUUUCAUGGACUCUACCUGGGCGGACCACACUUGUGCCCAAUAAUCGCUUCACCUCACUAGGUGGAAUUUACAUGACAGAGGAUGGUAGUUUGGUCAUACAGUAUCCCAGCCUUAUGAACUCUGGAAUUUAUAAGUGUAAUGCCAAAAAUGCCUUGGGAAUGGACUUCAAAGCAACAUAUCUUCAGGUGAACUGAACAUGUGAAGGAGAAAAUAUUUGUUAAACUGAAGUUAAAAUGGUUUAAGACACUAUAUUCUUGUAAACCAGUGUAAAUAGAAAGCUGCAUUUAAUGUUCCUGGAAUAAUCUCAGCAAGUCACAAAUGGGCAUUAUAAGUCCAUAAGAAUGGUACUCUUGAAUUGCGAGGCAUCCAGAAAACUGACAAAGGUAAGUUUCUCUGUGUGGCCAGAAAUUACCUGGGAGGGGCUAACCUAGCAUAUGACCUUGAAGCAAGUCACAAAUGGGAAUUAUGCAUCUUUCUUCUUAAAAAGACUAACAAGUAUUGUUAUAGCCUUGGGUUGGGAACCAACACACUAAUGUUCCAGAGUACCCAAGGGAUUUAUUUUAUGUUUUUGUACUUAAUUUAUGGAAAUAUCGGUUUGUACAUAAAAUUAUACAUCCACCUCUUAUAUAAUCUUACACAUCAAUGUUUUAAAAAUUUUAAAAAGACACACACGUAUAUUUUUAUAUGCCAAAAUAUAUUUCAUUUGAAGCCUUUCUGCUGUUUAUAUGCAACGUAAAUGCAUGUCAAACAAACAGCCUCAGGAUGUAAACCGUCUACAACAACACAGCCUUUCACUGUUGGAGUAGAAAGGGAGCCUUGUAGGCACAAAUGUUAGCAUUGUUCUGACAGUUUUACCAACAACUAGACACAAGAAGUCAAUUCUGUAACAGAAUCACUGCCACUGCUUGAAGAAAGAUUUUUGGACGGUCACGUUUAUGAACAAUCCUAAAUUAAUAAAUUGAACUAUAGCCUAAAA